AAAAAAAUAGUAACAAUUUAUUUUUUACAUUUUAACAAAAGAAUAAUGAUCAUGAAAAAAAUUUAUAUUUUUUUAAUACUAUCUAUAUUUAUACUGUAUAUUGAAAUGACAGUUAAUUCAAGACGAAAUACUGACAUUUUUAAUAGUCUCAUAAAAAAUUAUGGAUGGACACAAUUAAAGGAUGUGAAAAAUGUUGCAUAUUGGCAUCAAGAUUAUAGAUUAGAAGAUCAUUUAGGACCAGCUAAACCAGAAAAAUGUAAUCAUGGAAUUCGAGUAUCGACUUUAGUAUUGGCUUGUACGUAUGCAAAAGAAUUAAAAAUACUCUUUUUCUUAUUCAUACAGUUUACACAACACUGUAAGAGUUUAAUUAAAAAAAAAAGUCCAGUAUCAAAUGUAUAUAGUUGCGUUAAAAAGUUAUUGGACAUUUUACAAAAAAUGCCAUCGAUAGCAAGAUUGAUGAAAGAAACACUUUAUGUAUUGGAUUAUUUACAUACUCAUCCAUGGAAAAAUUUUGUUUUUAAAUUAUUAUUUUUAAAUUUAGAAAAUUUUAACAAUGGUUCAAGAAACUUCCUUAAAUCAAAAAAUGGUUAUUCAGCAACGGAAAAAUUCUUAGAAUUUAUAGAAUUUUUUUUUAAAUAUAGAGAUAUUGAGACUAUGUGUGAUUGUUCAACAUAUUGUCGAUUUGAACAAUUGAAUAUAGCACUAAUAUGGCAAAAAUGGAAGGAAGAAUAUAAUUACAAAAACAUCGAAGACAAAAAAUUACAACUCUACGAUUAUCUAAGUCAAAAAAUUAAUUUUCAAAUUAAUUCCAUAAUAAUAAAUAAAUUUCAUAAUCUAGGGUUUCAGUAUGACCCAACAACCAUAAAAAUUGGUAUACCUCUACCAGUACAAUAUAGGAGUUGCUAUUUAAAAUUAUUCACAAGACACGAAAAUACUUCUGAAACAAUUCAAAGUGAAUCAAAAAAAAAUGAAAUGAAAAUUAAAUUUGAAAACCGAUGGAUACUAGAACUAAUUGAUUCAUUUAAUAGAGAAGUGAAUAAUGUUUCUCAAACUAAUGAAGAGCUACAACAAAUCGAUUAUCUCGGACAAGUAGAAUUGAAUAAUGAACCUCAAAUCUAUGAAGAACUAAAUUUAAUCGAUUAUCUUGCUCCAGAAUUGAAUAAUGUAUCACAAACUAAUGAAGAUCUACAAAUAAUUGAUCAUUUCGAACAAGAAUUGAAUAAUGUACCUCAAAUCAAAGAAGAACUACAACAAAUCGACCAUCUAAAACAAGAAUUAAAUAAUGUACCUCGAAUCAAUGAAGAACUACAACUAAUCGAUUUUAUCGGACAAGGACUAAAAAACGACGAUUCAUGUGAGGAUAUUUCAGAGCCAAUGGACACUGACGAAAGUAGAGAGAAUUAUAUCAAGUUUUUUUAACCUAUGGUAUUUUUAUAAAAUCCACUGUUUUUUAAACUAUGAUGACAUUAUUAUUUUCAAUUGAAUUUAAAAAUAAAACAUGUGUAGUUGAAAAUCUUUUUUAUUA